UAUAUCCUGAUGCAUCUUUUAGUUUUAAACGUUUUAAGAGAGAAAAUGAUGAAGACGAUGAUGAUGAUGGUAAUGAUGGCAAUGAUGAUGGGAGUUGCGAUGGGAGAUAUUGUAGAUAAGACAUGCAAACAGACGCCUGACUACAGUCUUUGUCUCUCUCUCCUUCGCUCCGAUCCACGUAGUUCCUCCGCCGACACCGUCGGCCUUGGUCUCAUCCUCGUCGACAAGAUCAAGGCGCUAGGGACUGAGACUCUCGGGCAGAUCAACAUGGCGUACAAAACAAAACCGAUGCUGAAAAAACCACUCGAUGAAUGUAAUCUGAGAUACAAGACGAUCGUAGACGUUGACGUCCACACAGCCAUUAUAGCUAUCAAAGGAAACCCUAAGUUUGCGGAGGGUGCAAUUGUUGACGCCGGCGUUGAAGCUUCCGUCUGCGAAGGAGGGUUUCCCAAAGGCCAAUCUCCAAUAACCGGUUUGACCCAGAAAAUGAACAAGAUCUGCGAUGUAACCAGAGCCAUCGUCCGCAUGUUGCUCUGAAUAAUAAUGUUUCUUGUAACUCUUAAUUACCUUAUUGAAAUUAAGCUGAUAUAAAAGUAUAAAACCA